GGACCGAACUCACAGACCAAAACACACGAGACCAGAGGCGCGCUUCCUGGGGCUGGGAAAUACGCAGCAUUAGUAACUCAGGCGACUAAACAAGUCAGUCAACCAUGGAUGGAAACUUAGGUUGCGUGAUUGUGGCCGUCGAUGGCAAUGAGGAGAGCAUGCACGCGUUGAGAUGGGCGCUCGAUAAUAUCAAGCUCCGAUCCCCUGCGCCUGAUUCCAAUGAAACCCCUGGUUUCUUCAUCGUCCUGCACGUCCAAUCUCCACCUUCCAUCGCCGCUGGCGUCAACCCCGGAGGCAUCCCCUUCGGUAACUUGGAGGUGCCUGCGUUCACUGCGGCGAUCGAGGCUCAUCAGAAACGGAUCACACAGGUUAUACUGGAUCAUGCUUUGCAGAUUUGCUCAGAUAAAAGAGUGAAUGUCAAAAGCCAAGUGGUGAUUGGGGAUCCCAAGGAGAAAAUUUGUGAAGUUGUAGAGAAUUUACAUGCUGGUUUGCUAGUCAUGGGGUCUCGUGCUUUAGGUCCUAUUAAAAGGAUGUUCUUGGGAAGUGUAAGCAACUAUUGCGCAAACCAUGCAUCUUGCCCUGUCAUGAUUGUAAAGGGAAAGGGCACUUCCUCAUAAGGUAUGCAUAUACUACUCAAUUUGAACAGUUCUGGGCUUCUGGCUGUAAUAUAUGUCUGUUGUACUCCUUUCCUUCUAUAAUUGUUUUAUGCAUAUGAACUUAAGUUUUGAACAACAGUUAUUGGGUGUGGAUUUGUUGUGGAGUUGCAAGUCAAGGUUAUUUCUUGACCGGCAAUGUUGUGCUGUUGUUCUUCUCAAAUCCUUUCCAAGUGUCUCCAACGGAAAAGAUAUGGGUGUGGGUGCCUCCUUGUUUGUGCUGUAUCUUUCGUACGAUGAAGUUUCAAUAUGUAAAAACAGUGUAUAUGCAUUUAUUCAUUCUAUUUGGUGGGUGCUAUUGUAUUGGGUCUAGAAAAUUAACUGCUUUCUACAGCUAUCUGUUGUGUUUUCAGAGUAGUGAAUCUUUGAAUGUACUAUUUAUCCUCAAUAUGACUGCAGUUUUUGCAUGAUUGGAUAUGGUCACAAUCCCAACUUUAACAUUCAUUGAAUUAAUGCUUUCUAUAUGGAUGCUUA